AUGGAGAAAACCAAGGAGGGUAGAAUGGAGGACUUGAGCAACCAAAAGGUCAUUGACGAGGAGGCGGCUUCUCCUGCUCUAGAACUUGCGUCUCGGCACCGGGAGUAUCUUCUACAGAGGCAUGGAACACUCGACCUCGACCCCGUCCCGGCUAUGGAUGACGCUGAUCCAUACAACUGGCCAACAUGGAAGAAAAACAUGAACCUCAUCCUGGUGGCUUUCCAUGCCAUGAUGGGCACUUUCACCGCUGCGUCCAUUAUCCCUGCCUAUUCCGACAUUGCAGCAGACCUAGGUAUCAGCAUGACUACGACUGCCUAUCUAACUUCACUUCAGAUUGCCAUCCUUGGAGGCGCCCCUCUAUUCUGGAAGCCGCUAUCAAACCGAUAUGGUCGCCGUCCCAUUUUCUUGAUCUCCUUGAUCGGAAGUCUGGUAUGCAACAUCGGCUGUGCCAAAAGUCCGUCGUAUGGUUCAAUGGCCGCAUGUCGUGCCUUGGUGGCCUUCUUCAUUAGCCCUGCUGGCUCUUUGGGCAGUGCUGUCGUGACUGAAUGUUUUUUCAAAAGAGAUCGCGCAAGGUAUAUGGGUGUCUGGACAUUGCUGGUUACCUUGGGUGUCCCUCUCUCUCCUUUCGUCUUCGGAUUUGUUGCUCAACGAGUCAACUACCGAUGGAUUUACUGGAUCCUUGCCAUUGUCAAUGGAGUCCAAUUUCUUCUGUACACUUUUCUCGGACCGGAAACUCGCUAUAUCGGAGGGCCAGAUGGUGAACCGGCACUUUCGGGAUUCCGCCAGGAGUAUUUGAGCUUCCGCCGCAUCGACCCUACUCCACUGAAACCAUAUGAAUUCAUCAGACCCUUGACCUUUGUUACUCGACCAACCGUCAUUAUUCCUGCCGCAGCGUACGCCAUGGUCUUCCUCUUUGGAAGUGUCAUUUGCACAGUGGAGAUUCCUCAGCUUUUACAAGUCAAGUUUGACCUGAAUGCCCAACAACUUGGUCUGCAAUUUUUGGGUGUCAUCAUUGGGUCAGUGUUGGGCGAGCAACUGGGCGGCCCACUUUCUGAUACAUGGAUGCGAUGGAGAGCUCGCCGUCAAAAUGGACAAUCUCCCGCUCCGGAGUUUCGCCUUUGGUUGAGCUACAUUGGAUUUUUGCUCACCAUUGCUGGGACCGUUGUAUUUUUGGUGCAGACCGAGAGAUCGCCUGCCGGCAAGUGGAACGUGACGCCGAUUGUGGGCGUCGCCAUCUCUGGUUUUGGAAAUCAGGUAGUCACAACGGUUCUGAUCACAUACGCCGUCGAUAGCAACCCUGGCGAGCCCGCCACCGUUGGAGUCUUCAUUACAUUUGUCCGGCAAAUGUGGGGGUUUAUCGGACCAUUCUGGUUUCCAAGCAUGUUCGAUAAUGUCGGUGUUGCUGAUAGUGCUGGCGUCGCUGCUGCCCUACUAGUAGGAGUUAGUCUGUUCCCUACCAUAAUUCUUCAAUAUUGUGGAAGCGAUUGGCGGCGCAACAGAAAGCCAUCAACCACCUAA